CCGAUAGUUUGGCAGUCGAGGACAGAAAGGCUGGCGCUGGUGGGUGGAUGCGGACUGAGAUCUAAGUCCUCCUCUUCCUGGGUGUGAGUGUGGAAGGAGGGUGGAGGUCCAGAGACACAAGGACCGGAAAGGACAGGGAGAGUGCUUCUUGGUCAGUUUCCACCUCCUGCCUUCAGCUCACUGCGCUCUUCUUGCAGGAAGGACGCUGGGUUCAGGGGGCGCGGGGGCGCGCCUUAGCCACCCGCGUGUGGCCAGGUGGGUAGCCCCGGCACGGGAGGAAGGGGAAGUUACCUUCCCCUCGGAAGAGGGCGCUGGCUCCCCCAUCCUGCCUUUAUAAUCAGGCCGCGGGAGGAGAGGAAGCCACCAGCUGCCGUCUGCGCUCUGCAAAGCAUGCAGUUAGGCGAGCAGCUCCUGGUGAGCUCGGUGAACCUGCCAGGCGCGCACUUCUACCCGCUGGACAGUGCGCGAGGCGGCGGCGGUGGGAGCGCCGGCCACCUCCCCGGGGCGGCCCCCUCGCCUCAGAGGCUGGACUUAGACAAAGCGCCCAAGAAGUUCUCAGGCAGUCUCUCGUGCGAGACAGGCAGCGGAGAACCCGCGGCCUCCAGCGCGGGGGGCCCCACGGCCAUGCUCAGUGACGCCGACGCCGGGGACGCCUUCGCCAGCGCUGCGGCGGUGGCCAAGCAAGGGCCCCCGGACGGCCGCAAGGGCUCCCCCUGCGGGGAGGAGGAGUUGCCCUCCGCCGCUGCUGCGGCAGCGGCCGCCGCCGCCGCCGCCGCCGCCGCCGCCACGGCGCGCUACUCCAUGGACAGCCUGAGCUCGGAGCGCUACUAUCUCCAGUCCCCCGGGCCUCAGGGCUCCGAGCUGGCCGCACCGUGCUCGCUCUUCCCGUACCAGUCGGCGGCCGCGGCGCCCCACGGAUCUGUGUACCCGGCUCCCAAUGGAGCACGCUACCCCUACGGCUCCAUGCUGCCCCCCGGCGGCUUCCCCGCGGCUGUGUGCCCACCCGGGAGGGCGCAGUUCGGCCCGGGAGCUGGCGCGAGCAGUGGCGCAGGCGGCAGCGGCGGUGGGGGAGGCGGCCCAGGUGCCUAUCAGUACAGCCAGGGGGCUCCGCUCUAUGGGCCGUACCCUGGGGCUGCAGCCGCGGGCUCUUGCGGAGGACUGGGGGGCUUGGGGGUUCCUGGUUCCGGCUUCCGUGCCCACGUCUACUUGUGCAACCGUCCUCUGUGGCUCAAAUUCCACCGCCACCAAACCGAGAUGAUCAUUACGAAACAGGGCAGGCGCAUGUUUCCUUUCUUGAGCUUCAACAUAAACGGACUCAAUCCCACCGCCCACUACAAUGUGUUCGUAGAGGUGGUGCUGGCGGACCCCAACCAUUGGCGCUUCCAGGGGGGCAAGUGGGUGACCUGCGGCAAAGCCGACAAUAACAUGCAGGGCAACAAAAUGUAUGUUCAUCCUGAGUCUCCUAAUACCGGUUCCCACUGGAUGAGACAGGAGAUAUCCUUUGGGAAAUUAAAGCUCACCAAUAACAAAGGCGCAAAUAACAACAACACCCAGAUGAUAGUCUUACAGUCUUUACACAAGUACCAACCACGGCUGCACAUUGUUGAAGUUACAGAGGAUGGUGUAGAGGAUUUGAACGAGCCGUCGAAGACUCAGACUUUUACCUUCUCAGAAACUCAGUUCAUUGCGGUGACUGCCUACCAAAACACAGAUAUAACUCAACUCAAGAUUGAUCAUAACCCCUUUGCAAAAGGCUUCAGGGACAACUAUGAUUCCAUGUACACCGCUUCAGAAAAUGACAGGUUAACUCCAUCUCCCACGGAUUCUCCUAGAUCCCAUCAGAUUGUCCCUGGAGGUCGGUACGGAGUUCAGUCCUUCUUCCCGGAGCCCUUUGUCAACACUUUACCUCAAGCCCGAUAUUAUAAUGGUGAGAGAACCGUGCCACAGACCAACGGCCUCCUUUCACCCCAACAGAGCGAAGAGGUGGCCAACCCUCCCCAGCGGUGGCUUGUCACACCUGUCCAGCAACCUGGGACCAACAAACUAGACAUCGGUUCCUAUGAGUCUGAAUAUACUCCCAGCACCCUGCUCCCAUAUGGUAUUAAAUCCUUGCCCCUCCAGACAUCCCACGCCCUGGGGUACUAUCCUGACCCAACUUUCCCUGCAAUGGCAGGGUGGGGAGGUCGAGGUUCUUAUCAGAGGAAGAUGGCAGCUGGACUCCCAUGGACCUCCAGAACAAGCCCGCCUGUGUUCUCUGAAGAUCAGCUCUCUAAGGAGAAAGUCAAAGAAGAAAUCAGCUCUUCUUGGAUAGAAACACCCCCUUCCAUCAAGUCUCUCGAUUCCAAUGAUUCGGGGGUAUACACCAGUGCUUGUAAGCGAAGGCGGCUCUCUCCUAGCAACUCUAGUAAUGAAAAUUCUCCUUCCAUCAAGUGUGAGGACAUUAAUGCUGAAGAGUACAGCAAAGACACCUCGAAAGGCAUGGGGGGUUAUUAUGCUUUUUACACAACCCCCUAACGAGUUAUUUUAAUCUCGUAAAAAUGAGCUAACUUUUUGCAGACGGACUUGGUGGGUUUUUUUGUUGUUGUUGUCUUCUUUGCCUAGGUUGCCAAAAAGAUGUUUGCCUUCCACCUUGAUGCAUCCUGUUUUGUGCAAUUCCCUAAAAGAAGGUGCCAAAGCUUUUUGAUUGCUGCAGGUAGCUGAAACGAGCCCAGCAAUAUUUUUUCUUUUUUAAAUAAAGUUAAUGGAGGACUUGAAAGUGUUUUAAAAUGUUAAGGUUAUUGAAGGGUCUGGAUUUAUUUAUUGGAGAUACUAAACAUUCCGAGCAUAGGGCUGGGAAGAUUGAGUACCUAGGCUCUUAUCAAAUGAGUUGAAAGCUUUGGUUCUCUUUUCUAUUUGUAAAUCUGUUAGCAAAUAGAAACCCAGAGUGGUAAGGUAUUUUGUUUCUGGAAGAGAAGGGCUGGGGCUUAAGCUUCAACAGGGGACUAUUUGCUGUUACCUUCUCCUAGGGACAAAAGACAUUAGGCCUGGGAGGCAAGAGAAACUUGUGUGAAGGUACUGGCUUUACCUGACUUGGAUUCCUCCCAGACUUUUGAAACAAGCCAUGUUUGCCCCUAGUUCAGGAUCACCUCACUUGCUAGGCCUCUGCUGUGUGCUGGGGUGCUCACAGGACUCAGGAGAGGGCGUGGAGGGAGUCACCAAAAAACAAAACAGAAUUUUCAAGGGUACAGUUGUGUGUGCUUAGAUAAACUGUAGAAUCAUGUGGCAUAUAUUGUACAAAUAGUCUGCCUAGGUGUCUGAGAUUAUGUAAAAUCGGUGCUUUGGCUUUGUAAAGAAUUUGCAAAUCACCUGACAACAGCUGCAGGAGCUGCGGGAUUGUUUCUCCCAUCAUCCCCAGGAUAUUUGGGAAUAUUCUGUUUACUUCUUAGAUAGUUCAGAAUGUAUUCAUCUACUCUGUACUAACUUGAAAUGUGUUUAAGAAAACUCCUAUUUCCCCCUCUUCCUGCCCCACCCCCACUACUCAACUUGGUAAUGUGAAGAAACUAACCCUGAUGCCACAGCUCCUAGAGGCUUUUUAGAGAUACGGAUUUUUAUGUAGAGUCUUAAUCAUUUUUAAUAAAUGUGGUUCAUUAAGGGAA